CUGCAGUAAAAGUACUAAUAGAGAGAUUACUGCAGUAAAAUUACUAAUACACAGAUUACUGCAGUAAAAGUACUAAUACACACUAGGAAAGGACUACAGUACAAGUAAAAGUACUGCAUUCAGAACUUCCCUGAAGUAAAAGUACAAUAUGUACCUCUCAGAUGUAGUAUAGUAACAAUUACUCAAGUAAAGUACAAGUACCUGUAAUGUGUACUGAAGUACAAUACUUUAGUAAAUAUUCCUGGUAAUAUUGUAUGUUUCCUAGAGCAAUGCACUCUGGGACUUGUAGUCACUUCCAAUCACUCACCUUUGGUCCUGUUAAAGCCGUCUGUGUUGAUCUGUCUGUCUGUUUCUCUGUCCACCGGUCUGUCCACUGGUCUGUCCACCGGUCUGUCCACUGGGCUGUCCACUGGUCUGUCCACCGGUCUGUCCAUCGGUCUGUCCACCUGUCUGUCCUGUGAGGACGGUCUCCUCUGAGCUCUGUUACUGCAGCCUCCCACCUGAUGGAUCCAGUGAUAAUCAAUCAAUCAAUCAAUCAAUCAAACAAUGUCUGUCUGUCUGUCUGUCUCUACUGACCUGAUCUAUGUAACAGUCCUCUGUAGAACAUUGAGUUCUUUGUCUUCUGUUGGAGUUCAUCGUCUCCGUCUGGCGCCGUAGGGGACGCUCCACCUGGUCUCCAUGGAAACGAUCCUGAUGGACAGCUCGGUGCUCUGCUGAGUCGUCUCUUUGGAGGACCUGAUGGUGUUGUGGUCCAGAGCCAGACCACCGACCAGAGACACACACAGGAAGCUUCUCCACAUCCACAUCCUCCAAUCGGUGGAUCGGUGGACCUGUGGAUCGGUGGAUCGUGGACCUGUGGAUCGGUCCUCUAUCAGCUGUCGAUCACUGGAUCCUCCUCUUCUGGUCUCCGACUGGUUCUGCUGUGUUUUGAUUUAAUAAUUGAUCUGAGUUCUAAAUAGUUUGAGACAAUAAAUAAAUCAGUUUUCUUCUUCUCUGGUUUUAGACGUUCUUCAUAAACAUCAGUAGUUCUCUGACCCUCUCUGCUCCGUCUGUUCCCUCCUUCAGGUGCGUUUGUUUUUUAUACCCUCCCCUGCCCUCUGAUCCGUCCCAUCCCCUCAGAAGAUUUUUGAAGGUGCGUUUGAAGCUCAACCGCAUCAGUCGGAGGAGACUUCCUUCCUGGAAGCCUCAGGUGAGGGCGGGCCUUUUGAUACGUGACACCGCAGAGACCACAAGAGAGAUGAAAACACACCUGGAGACACAGGUCUGAUACAUAGUCGGUCCGUCAGCAGCUGAAGGAACCAGAACCAGAGCUUCACUGGUCCAGCGAGGAGACACCUAUCUGUCAAGGAAAUCUCUGAAACAUGGCGUGGCUCCGUCAGAGUCGAGGUUCCCCCAGACUCGUCCUGGUGGUGGUUUGUGUCGCUCUGCUGCUCGACAACAUGCUGCUCACUGUGGUCGUGCCGAUCAUCCCGACCUUCCUCUACGCCAUGGAGCAUCCCAGUCCUGAGCCCCAGACCACCCAGCCCUCCCUGCUCCCUCUUCCCAGCCGCAGUGCACCGAUCCCGGGUACUCCGUCGGCACGGAGCCCCCGCUCGUCUCCUCUGUUGUCCCUGUUCGACAACUCCACCUUCAGUCUGCACUCCGAGAUCCGAACCGAACCGACCCCCCCCAACGCCGAGCCCACAACAGACCUGCAGCUUAACGAGACCACCGACGCUUCGGGCGCCUCCUGUCUUCAGGACAGUGCGUUUCUGGGGGAGGAGAAUGUUCGCGUCGGCUUGUUAUUUGCCUCUAAAGCUCUGGUCCAGCUGCUCAUCAACCCAUUCGUCGGCCCGCUCACCAACAGGUAGCUGAUUGGCUGAUUUC